CCGAAACAACACUGUACACAGCAGUGUUGUAACGUGAUGUUAUUAAAGUGAUCUUGUUCAUAGUGCAACCCACAACAUGAGGAAUAUUUUCCCGAUACAUAUAUUUCCAUGUAUUUUCAAUGCCGUGGUCUGGGUGCCUAAUGCGUAUCGUUUUAUGUCCGUUGCUAGGGUAGUUAUUAGUGUGCAGAGAUUUUCGGUUAAAAUUUCAGCGUUAGAAAAAAGUUACCGUCACAUAUGGUUACCAUGCCAUUUCGAAGAUUGGUCAAACAAAUUGUCCAGCAAGACCCACCGCGGCUAGGCUUUCUAGUGAAAACAGGUCGUAUGGAACGAAGUCAACUUCAGCGAACGGAAGAACUUUAAGGCGAUGGAGGAGAAAAUUAAAUUAACAUUUGAUUCCCUGGCACAACUAUCACAUCCUAAUAUCGUCAAGAUUCACAAUUAUUGGAUCGAUGAUCAUAAAGAGGGGCCACCUCGGGUCAUUUUCAUUACGGAAUAUAUGAGCUCGGGCUCUGUGAAGCAAUUUCUUAAACGAACGAAACGAAACGCAAUAAAGGGUUACCAGGUAACACUGAAUUCAUGGAAACGCUGGUGUCGCCAAAUUCUGUCGGCGCUCUACUAUCUGCAUUCGUGUCAUCCCCCAAUCUUGCACGGCAACCUGACCUGUGAUACGAUCUUCAUCCAACAUAACGGCCUUAUUAAAAUAGGGUCCGUCGCACCCGAUGCCAUCAAUAUGCAUGUGAAAACGGUUCGUACGACGCAGCAUCUUGAUAAUGUACAUUUUGUCGCACCCGAGUAUGCAGCCAAAACGGUAUUCUCAUUAAUAACGCCUGCAGCCGACGUCUACUCAUUUGGAAUGUGCGCUCUUGAAAUGGCGGCUCUGGAAAUUCAGAACAAUGGUACUUCAGAAAUUAUUACGGACGAGGCUAUUCAAAAGACCAUUGAACAACUUGAAAAUGAUCAGCAGAGGGACCUCAUUAAAAGAUGUUUAAACAAAUUGCCUCGACUAAGACCGACGACCAGAGAACUUCUGUUUCAUCCCGUUCUCUUUGAGAUCUAUUCGUUGCAAGUGCUUUCGGCCCAUGCAAUUGUGCAAAGUUCAUGGUAUCAGCCCGAUCAACUUACGGAUAAAGCGAUGCAUCUGAGGUGCUCGCAAGUCGAUGUUGUCGCUGAGAUUACCCACGAAGACGGCCGAGAAGGUGUGGCAAUCAAGAAGAAACAAGUACCCGCUCUUGAGCUGGAAAAGCUGCUAGAGGAUGUUCGAAAUGGCAUCUACCCUUUAACAGCAUUUGGCCGGGGACCAAAUCCUGUAUCACGUGGCUUUGGAGUUCGGCCCCGCACUCCUGAGGUUCUCGAGAGUAAAACUAGCCCCAGUCCCGCAGGAUACGACCCGGAAACGCGGCACAUCGUAAACAUCAUGUGUACAAUUAAACAGGAGGAGGAAGUUAUACCAACGCCCAGCGCAGCAGGCGCUGUGCCAGUGCCGACAGCUCAGCCUUCGCAUUCCAUGGUGCUGACACUUUUGCUUCGUUUCGAUGACAAAAUGAAUCGACAACUCUCGACAAAUUUGACAACGCCCGAUGAGGUGCAAACCCUUACGCAAGACCUAGUUCAGCUUGGCUUCAUUAACAAGGAAGACUGGAGCAUGGUUGAUCAGGUAUUGAUGGAUACAAUGAAACGCUAUCUGAAGAAGCAGUUAAUGGUGUUGUCACCAGAGGAUGCUGUUGAGCCCUUAGAAAUACAGAGUGUGAUGGGCUCUCAAAACCAUCAUGAAGGAGCCAUUAUGCACCUUGCUUGAUGUCCGCCCGAAGACGCAGUUGCGUCGGUUGUUUAUGACGACCAGGAGAACUACGACAUCCCCCCGAUCAAGGUUCCCGGAACAUGUGCCUUGGCCUAGUCAUACAGGGACACUAAAUAUAUAUCUAUGUAUCUGUAAAAGUGAACAACUGUUUGUAAUUUUACGUGGCUAAUGAAUGCGGCUGUUAUCGCUGCAUUCAGUGCUGCUGUGCUAUAAUAUGUGUGUGAACGCGUAUGUAGCUAGUGGUCAUCUUUUGGGCAGAGAAGUCAGUCGUAUGUCACACGCAGCAGAACAAUGAACAUGGAAACGAUGAAUAAUAUUAAUAAUAAUGACGACGGCAAUGGUGAAUGGGUCACUUUGACUGUAUUAUGAAAAUUUAUUUCAAAAACGUACAUAGGCUCAAAAGAGAAGGCGAGAGAGAAAGGGAGAGAGGUAAAGAGAAACAGACAAACGAAAAUAAAAACACAUUAGUAGAAAGAUAGAGCAUACUUGUCAGGACGUGAAUCUAUACAGCUAUUCUUCUGUUGAAAAAUCACACAGGUUUUAGAUUAGCUAUUGAUUCUUCGCUCUUGUGGCCGGUAGCUUGUGUGCAUUGUUGUCACGUGUCAGUUGCCGUAAUCCAAGCUGAGCUUGAUUCCGAUUUCGUAGGACGUCGUGUCGAUCUACCCCUCAAGAGAAACAACAGCAUAGCAUUGUUACGUUAGAAACAUCGUAUAGGGUUGGUUUUGUUUGAAGAUUAGCAGUGUACGGAGAUUAAGCCCGUAGAUUAUUAGUAUUAACGCAUAGAGGCAUUCUGCGUGAAUACAUAUGUAUGCGUGUGUGAAUCUGUGCUUUUUUAUAUGUUCAAUCCUACUAUGAUGACGUCCUGCGAACAAAUACUACGUUUCUUCUGAAAACUUCUUAGAACAAUGAGUGAAGACAAGGUAUUUGGUUUUCUGUUCGACACGAAUCAGGUUCGCACAUAGAAAAUCGAUGUUAAUUUUCGUAGUUGAAGUUACGAUGCGUCAUCGUUCGUCGGUACAAGUGCAGUGGGUCGCUUUUAGCCAAUUCAAUAUUGGAUUAUCAGUCUGAAAUGAUGCGCCCUUCUGAGAUCGCCAUCUGCGCAUAUUGUGCUCGCAUCGUGGAAACGAAGAAACACUAGGGUCCCGAGACGGUGCGAGGGACACUUUUGCUAAAGAGAAUAAAACAGGCAGAAAACAGCUGAACGUGUUUAAGCACUAUCAGAAGUGCAGAUAUAUAAGAGGUAUAAACAGAUUUUACGAGGGGGGAACAGGGCUGGGAUAAAUGUAGGUGAAUCGGAUAAAAUAUGACGAGGCGUUAAUAAUAUGACAGAAGCGGUGUCAAACCCAAAGCUGAA